AUGAGCAAGUUUGCAUUACCAACCAAUGAAUUUCUUAAAUAUAGAAGACUUAGCCAUAUUGACUAUUGUGCUAGAGGUUGUCAUGACGUUGAGACUUGUUCUCAUACUGCUGUUCACUGUAGUUAUUUGACUGAUAUCAUCAGCAAGCUGAGAUCUUGGGGAUUCAAUAUUCCUACCUUUCAAUCUCUAGAUUGCUUAUCCCAACUGAGAAUUUUAUCGAAAAAUAGCUUGAAUAUUGUUAAAAUCUACUGCACAGCCGUUUUCUACUUCUGGAAGUGCCAGAAUGAUAGCAUUCAUGGUAAAUCUAUCAUGCCUGUUUCCGUCAUUGCUGGUAUAAUUCUCUCAUCUACUAUGAACAAGUAUCCAAUGCUAGUUGAUUGGGGUACUUCUCUCCGCUCGGAGUCUAGCUCUAUAUGGCACCCCCCACCUCUACAUUGGCUAAAAAUCAAUGUGGAUGCUGCAUUAUUAGACUCUAACUUGGCAAGCAUUGGUGGUAAAGUUAGAUAUUUUAAAGGUCGUCUUCUUCUUGCUUUUGGAAAAAAGAAGAUGCAUGGGGACAUUAAUCAACUUGAAUUGGAGGCUAUCUCUUCUUUACAAGAAUUUCUUCAUGAUUGGAUGUUUGAUUGUAAAGGCAUAAUAAUUGAAGGUGACAACUACAAUAUGAUUAAACUCCUUCAAUAUUCUAUGAUGAAGUCAAAUAAUUCAGCUAACAACUUGAUUUCGGAGAAGAUGGCUUUCUUACAAGACUUUAGCAAGGUCAUCUUUCAUCAUAUUCCUAGAAAUGCUGCUGUCUAUGGCAGACUUGGACAUGAGAUGAGCCAGUGUGUGGUUGAAUGUUCUGAAGCUGUGUAG